AUGGCUGCCCCCCGACUUUUCCGCCCAGCAGCUCGUCUGCUUUCAUCUCGACUUUCCGCUACACCUUUCCGCUCUACUUUCCAGAAGUCCGCCUGUGCGCCCUCAAUCCUACGCGCUCGGGGAUAUGCUACGGAAAGCGGUACUAAGGAAGUUACUGUCCGAGACGCAUUGAACGAAGCCCUUGCCGAGGAGCUUGAGAGUAACCCAAAGACAUUUAUCCUGGGUGAGGAGGUUGCGCAGUACAAUGGAGCAUACAAAGUGACGAGAGGUCUAUUGGACCGCUUCGGUCCCAAGAGGGUUAUUGAUACUCCCAUCACAGAGGCGGGCUUUUGUGGUUUGGCUGUUGGCGCCGCUCUCGCUGGAUUGCAUCCUGUCUGCGAGUUUAUGACCUUCAACUUUGCUAUGCAGGCCAUUGAUCAAAUUAUCAACUCCGCCGCUAAGACACAUUACAUGUCUGGAGGUAUUCAGCCUUGCAACAUCACUUUCCGUGGACCGAACGGAUUCGCUGCUGGUGUCGCCGCUCAGCACUCCCAAGACUACUCGGCCUGGUACGGCAGCAUUCCUGGAUUGAAGGUUGUGGCUCCUUGGAGCGCUGAGGACGCCAAGGGUCUGAUGAAGGCCGCUAUCCGUGACCCCAACCCUGUCGUUGUCCUUGAAAAUGAGCUUUUGUAUGGUCAAGCGUUCCCCAUGAGCGAGGCUGCUCAGAAGGAUGACUUCGUUCUUCCUAUCGGAAAAGCCAAGAUCGAGCGUCCUGGAAAGGAUCUGACCAUCGUUUCUCUGUCCCGCUGCGUUGGACAGUCGCUCAACGCUGCCGCUGAGCUGAAGCAGAAGUAUGGAGUCGAAGCUGAAGUUAUUAACCUUCGGUCCGUUAAGCCGCUUGAUGUUGAGACAAUCAUUCAGUCGCUCAAGAAGACCGGUCGCCUCAUGUGCGUCGAAUCCGGCUUCCCCAUGUUCGGUGUCGGGUCCGAAAUCCUCGCCUUGUCCAUGGAAUAUGGUUUUGACUACCUCACUGCUCCUGCUGUUCGUGUUACCGGCGCCGAGGUUCCUACACCUUACGCUGUUGGUCUUGAGCAGAUGAGCUUCCCUCAAGAGGAUACUAUCGUUGGCCAGGCUGCCAAGCUUCUACGACUUUGA